AUGAAGUGGAGAUUUGAUAAUUCGCCCACGGAGCUGAACUACAUGCAUGUGUGUUCUGCUGUAGUGACGCCCAAUGAGGCCUCCAUCACAGCGGUUUCAGACUCGGGUCCUGGUUUCACGCUCCAGCUCCAUUAUCCCUCCUCCCCCUCUCCACAGGCCCCACUCCCUGGGCCUAUCCCGCACCAAAGAUUUGCAGCCCCUGACACUUUCAUUGAUUGGAAAACACCAGCGCAGACCCAGGAGUUAAGUAAGUCCAUUAACGGUUGGAGAGUAAUGGUUCUGAACGCGGUGCCAGCGCUGCCACACAGGCAGAUGAAGCUCGAGUUUGGACGCUACACAGCAGGGAAGAUUUCCAGGAAACAAAACCCCAAAUUCCCUGACACAAAAGGUAUUAAAGAGUAG